AUGUAUAAAACAGUGAAAAUAAACGAUAUUGAACCAGAACAAGAAAAUUCCGGGUGUUUUAAUAAUCAGCCAUUAUCAAUGGAUGAUAGUUAUUGGAUCAACAAGAUUCAUGCUUAUCAUUUGAAAGAGUCACGUGAUAAAUAUCGAGUGCAAUAUCAAAUAUCUAAUUCGAACUUUAACAAUUAUUCAGGAAAUGCUAUACUUUACUCGUUUAUGUCGGCUUAUAAUAAUCAUGAAGACAUAGUGCUCUCACCUGAUGAUUUAUGGUUAAUGAUUUCGAUUUAUUUUUCAAAAUAUGUCAACGAUAAUGCCGAGCAAUUGCGUCAUUUAUUUGUUGAUCAUAAAGGAAAGAAAAAGUUAGUAGUUACAGAACCGGUAGGUAAACGAGAAGAAGACUGGACCGACUUUUUUGGUAUGAUGAAAGUAGAAAUAUCAAAAAAUGUAAAAAAUGCCGAUAUUAUUGAUCACUUAGUAUCAAAGUUUUCAACAACUACACAAAUUGAAUCAAUUUUGUCUUAUGCCUGUAUAAUGGAUACGUUUAAAGUUUACUUUUCUUAUGGACGACGUAUUCCAGCUUGCGGAAUAAGAGCUGUACAUUUUCAGGGUACAUUGGAUGAUUGGCAUUUAUUGAAACAUAAGACCGAACAAUUGAAAAUGUAUACCAAAACUGGUGAUGAUUAUUGCCAAUAUUUAGAUAAUGUAUUGCCAAUAUUAGAUGAAUUUAUUAAAACGUUCGGUAGUACAACAUACAUUAGUGGAUGGAUAUUAAAAUUAUUUUAUGGUAUUGAUAUCAAUUCCAAUAAAAUUGGGUUUGGUGAUAUUACGUUAAAUAAUAUAAAAGUACCGGUUGAAGUUGAAAAUCACGAUACCAGGCAAAAGAAAACAUGCUACAUCGUUGGUGGAUUUCAUGGUGUUCAUAGCGAAGACCAUAAACAUAAACCUGUUAUGAGUUUGGCCGUGAUUGAAGAUUUAUCAACGGUAACGAGUCUUGACGGUGCUUAA